UGCCAACAACAAACAGUAUGACUUGGCUCAGCUAUUCUUCACAGAGCUGAUGGAUCUAGUAAAGGCCAAGGAAAAGAACAAGGCAGACACUGUUCCCUACGCUAGGUGGCUCGGGCUCAUCAUCAAUGAAACCAUGUCAAAACACAAAUCCAUCCCCAAACGCCAUGAUGAACCCCAUUUCACAGCUCCCAAGCUCCAAUACUUCAAGACUGUCAAAUAUCCUGUCUAUGGCCUGCGGAUCCUAGACUCACUACUCAAUCUUACAAAUCCGUCAAAUCCUGUUGUCAUCAAGUACAAAGAAGAUCUGAGUACAGUCCCUAUGGUUCAGCAAAUCCCAGCUGGACCUACCCCGGGGACAUAGCCGAGUGAACGUGAGGGUCCAAAGAGAGCCCCAAAGCCACAGAAACCAGUGGCACGUCGGCCCUAUGAAGGAAAGUCCGACGACUCUCUCGAGAUGAGUCGGACGGCUGAGGGCACCUCGACGGACGCUGAUGAAUCUGCUGAUGAAUCAUCCAGUGCUGCCCCAAAUAAAACUGACGAUGAGGCAUCCGAUAGCGUGGCCACCCACAACACUGAUGACGGAUCUGAUGAUGAUAAUGAUGACCGUGAUGACAGUGACGAUGUUGAGCACACAUAUGCUCUGAUUAGAAAGGGUAAGCUGCCUGCCGAGUCUCCAAAGAAGAUAACCGCUGAAGACACAGCACCCAUACUAGCCGGCCGUUCAAAGACGUUCACCAUUAAGGACGUACGCCAAUCAAAGAGUGUGCACAGAGAAAUCUGCAGCUCCAAGGCUGACUACGAUGAAGCAGCACACGUCAUAAAAAAUACUCAGGACGCCAUCAUCAGAGAGAAACGGGCAAAAAUUAAGAACGACAAAUCAUCAAAGCCCAAGCCACAGCCACACAUCAGGAAGAGCCUAAUAGAUAAAGCUGAUGAGGAUAUCUUUGCUGGCUGCGACCCCUUUUUCAGCAUAAGCCGAGCUGAAUCCCUAAGCACAGGAGCCGAUCUUCUCGGUUCCCGGGUAGAAGUCGCAGCAUCUGGCUCACCUGCGCAUGCACAGCCCUCACCUAGCCACGCGUUAGCCUCCCAACAGGCUCUCGUUUCACAAACACGGGACUCACCCACCUCUCUGGUUCCUUCCAAAUCAGUUGAGCGAAUUGUUGGCCAACCGCCCGAGGUCACAACCCCUCCUUCCCACACAUCGAGUCUAGGUGUCACAUUUCCCACCUUUUCUUCCUUUUCUAGGACACCUACACUAUUCGCUGCACAUACAGGUGCACACACCCUGAAUGCAACGACCAGAGUGUAAGCUAUGACGGUCAGAAGUCCUGCUAUGCCCACAACGACUCCAUCAUUGAACGCAGGCCACACAUCAGCUGUCUUCAUUGAUGCUGUGACAACAGUUACAACCCCCGUAACUGGCCAUCCCACCUUUGAAGAUAUCAACGUUCUCAUGAAUCGCUUACUGGAUUCCACCAUAAAACCAUGGGUUCAAGGAGCAAUGACCGCUUUUGCACAGGAAUUUAGGACCACCCAAGCGGUUCAGCCUGAACACCACGCACCCCAACCCUCACCCGAACCUUUCCUCUCUCAUACCCAACCGAUAUCUUCCCCAGUCCAAUCUAACCAAUCCAUCAACCAACUUCCCUUACCUUGACCAUCUUAGGGAACCCAAGAUACACAGCUAGUGUCUUCCCCUACGUCGACCACACCAUAUCCCAAUCCUUACUCCAUACCUACCCCUCAACUAGCCGAUAUCCUUUUCCUCCGCCUUUGCUUUUCUGAAGACUACCCUUACCCCCUUUGAAAAGGACCUGAUGGCGGUCUUCUACAAACAUAACCGCCCACCGCCGAGCACUUGACGUGACAGUCCCCGGGGCCAAAAACGUUCCCAUGAGGACCCCGACGAUUUGGAACCUCAUGAGGGGGAGAGCAAACGGCCCCGGACACUUGAACAAGGUGCUUCAACUAGCCUCGUCCCACAGCCAACUCAAUCUCCACCACCAACCAAUCAACCGCCACCCACUUCUAGCCAGAACCAAACCCAACUCACUAGCACGGUCGAGCUAGUUGGAACAUCCUGAGGCUUAUCUCCAAAAGAUACUGUCCGAGGAGGGGAUUGAAGUCCUGACGAUGUUACCUCCGGUACAUCACUUGGUUCAGGCCAUCAGUCAGAACAUAGUUCGAAACUGAUGACAACAUCCCGAGGCUUAUCUCCAAGAGAUACUGUCCGAGGAAGGGAUGGAAGUCCUGACGGUGCUAUCUCCGAUACAUCCAUUAGGUCAGGCCAUUAGCCAGAACCCAGUUCAAAGCCGAUGACAACGGGCAAUCCAAGUGAACCUGGUAGUGCUUCUCUAGCAACAUCACCACUCCGACAGCAGCAAAGAGUCCCAUACAUUCCCCCAAACAAAGAUGUUCAUGACACGCUAGAGGAUGCAGUGAUGUAUGACAAUUGGCCACGCAAAUGGACAAAGUGGGAUGAUCUAAGGUGUGAAGCUGAAACAGAUGACAUGCAACGCAACUGGUGGCUUCGUGAACUGCUAGCAAAGUGUGCUGAAGACAUCAUAUGCCUUAAUGAAGAGGAACUCAAGGAAGGGGAAGAUUACAAGAAAACUCCCAAGGAGCUUGAAUCAAUUAUUAGACAAUCUGCGGGUAAAAUGCCAACAAAGGAAAAACCCUAGGAAAAUGUACGAAUCAAUGCCCCCUUCUAAGAGGAAAUCAGAAAGGGGAUCUGGAGGAAACCAGGCAAACUGAAGCAACUUAAUGAACUGAAGAUCCGUGGCCUCACGCACCUAAAAGGCAAAUUUGUAGGCGGACAUCUGCACAUGCUACAUCACAGGUCAUCAGGGAAACCGCGAGAGAUUCUUGAACAAGACAUGAGGUCUAGCAUUCAUCCGAUCAACGACAUUCUUGACAUUCACAAAGAAGAUCACCACUCUGUGCCUUUCUAUAGCUUCAAGGUCCAGCGCACUGACUCAAGCAUAUUUAUCUGCUAGGAGAACGACUUUAUUAUGAUGAAAAUGGAUGACAUCUACCAGAUGUUCAGGGUAUGCAUAUUUCUUCCACUGAAUCGAAAUAGAGUCUACAGUGAAGGAUUUGAGGCGAUCAAGCGAUUUAUGCUAAGACAAAUCAGAUUCCACUCAGCCCAUGAUCUACAAAUGGCGCUCGAGAACAAUGUUCGGAAGGCGAAUCUCACUAGACCGAUUGUGUAUGGAGAAGAGCUUGAGGAAUAUGAACCCUAUCACAUUUUUAAGGAUCCGCUCUCAAUUCUAUAUCUAAACCACAAAGGAUCGAGGCUUGAGAGUUAGAGGCGAGAUAGAGGGUAGGGUUUGCCGCUGCUCUCCUUCUUGAGGGAGAGCGAAGGUCAGUUCAUUGUAUACCAGAUUUGGUUUUCAUCUCGAUAUCUUUCUAUCUGCUUCUUCUUAUCUGCUAUGAUUGAUUGAUUGUUAAAGAACAGGGACUAAGAGUUUGUAUCAGAGCCGAUGCGUGAAAAAGGUUGAAUCUAUCUGCGUUUUUCGUAUCUAACGAAGAACUGCUAUGCUUUUCUUCUAUUUUUUUAUAUAGAGAUUUGCUCCUAUAAUCUUGUUCGUGAAUGAAAAUCUGUAAAAUCUAUACUGUUGGAAUCGCCUUUUCAAAACGAUUCUACAACAUAUCUUCGUUUUCGAUUUCUUCAAUUUUUAAAUUUCGAAGAUCUCUACAUUGAGAUCUCGAGAUUCUAAUUUUACAUGGCUGCAGAAACGAUUUCGACUUGAAACUGAUACAAGGAGAAUCUCGACCUUCAGGGCUA